AUCAGCAGUAUCGUUUGAAAGUGCCCGAUUGUGAAUGGGCCGUUCAUCUUUUGUGAGUCUCUCGCCGAUAAGAGACACAUCUCCACACAGAGAUGGAGAUACUUCACGUUUUACACGUUUUCGUCCGAUCACUGAUGUUUCUGCUGCUGUGGUCAAAGUGUGAAGGAAGAGAGUCGGAGCUGAACCACGUGACCUGCGGCUCUCUGCUCAAACUGCUCAACACCAGACACAACGUCCGUCUGCAUUCCCACGAUGUCAAAUAUGGCUCAGGCAGUGGACAGCAAUCUGUAACUGGAGUUGAGAUUGCGGAUGAUGCCAACAGUUAUUGGCAGAUUCGUGGAAAGCCCAACCGUCCCUGUCAGCGGGGGGAGGCCGUCAAGUGUGGUCAGGGCAUCCGCAUCACACACAUGAAGACUGGGCGAAACCUCCACACACACCACUUCAGCUCACCCCUGUCUAAUAACCAGGAGGUCAGCGCUUUUGGAGAGAACGGCGAGGGAGACAAUCUGGACGUGUGGGCGGUCCAGUGUGAUGGCAUCCACUGGGAGCGCGAGGAGGAUGUGCGCUUCAAACACGUGGGCACCGACGUCUUCCUCAGUGUGACCGGGGAGCAGUACGGCCACCCCAUCCGCGGCCAGAGGGAGGUGCACGGCAUGAGUUCUGCUAACCAGAACAACUGGUGGCGCUCCAUGGAGGGCGUCUUCCUGCAGCCCAGCCAGAUGCCGCUGCGCCACGAUGAGCUGUGAGCCACCGGCAUGACGACGAACAUAGGAGCUUCAGAAAAGUGGAAGGUUAAUAGCUUUCCUGGACCAAACCACGUCAUGUUUGAAUAAUGUCAAAUUUUAGACUGAUGACUCCUCUCUGUUCAUGUAAAGCACUCUGGGUGGUCAGAGGCCAUAGAAUUUAAGAUUUCACAACAGUUUAAAGAAGAUCGAUAUAAUGUAUGUAGUGGAGCCAUAUGGACUAUAUCAGUUUCUUCCCAAGUACAUUUCUUAAGGGAGAAAACACAAAAAGGCUGAAUUACCAGCUAGGCACAGUAACCACUAACUGAAAGACCCACAUUCACUGUUUACUGUACACAUCUGAAAAACUAUAUCAAUUGAAAUGUUGAAAGGGCCCUGUGCCAAAUAAAACCUUCGUUUUAGUGCAAAUGUUGCCUGUGUGAUGUAAAAAACGUUAUCAAUCAAU